AUGCAACGGAGCACCGGAACAGGGACGCUAGAUAGCGGGAAGGGUGCGGCGACUGCAACGACAGCGGUAGCAUCAGCAUCAGCAUCAGGAGCGGCAACGGCGUCCAGCGGGAGCACCGCCACCAUUGAUGCCGGAGGCGGAGAGUGCAUCGCCGGAGGCGGAGGCACCCCAGCAGGCAGAGGGAGCGAGAGCGGGACCAUCAUCGAGAGUGGAUCUGCUGAUCCAUUAACGAGCUUUUCGUUGUUUUUGGCCUUGCUGUUGUUGUUGUUGUUGUGCAUUCAGAACUAUAACCCAAUAUCAUCCAAACUCUGA